AUGGCUGCAACCCUUGAACGCCAGCGUGACUAUGUGUUCACUCCACCCAGUGUGGAGGAACGUCUACGUAACGCGGUCGGCCAAACAGUGGCAACGUGGAUCAUUGGCCAUGGUCCUAAGACUCCUGAGGAGGUGGUGAGCUGCCAGGCACUUCGUGAGAGGUACCUGGAGCCGCACCUAACGACUCAAAGUCAAUACAAGGCACGCCUUGACAUCAACAUUUUUGCUCUAAGUGCUAGUGCCCAUGCGGCUGAUGUGCGUCUCGAACGCAAGCUUCGGUAUGAUUAUGCCGAGCUUAAGGCCAGAGGCCAAUUGCGCAAGCGCACGCGCUAUGCUUCGGCUACUAAGGUAGCUGCGAGUGCUGGUCAGUCUGUGGCCAACAACCCGCCAACCCGCACCACUAGUGGUGGGGAACGGCCUCGGUCUAGAGAUGACCAUGGCCACGAUGCUCAAAGCCUCCAAAGCAUAUGGGCAGUCUUGCCGAAGGAAUACCUCAAAACCCCCAUGAGUUUUCAGACUCAGGGUACCCACGCCACUUUACCAGAUACUCUUUUUGGCCCUGACGACGACGUCGUUUCAGUAGUCUCUCGACAUGAAAUUGACGACACCCAUGCUCAUCGAGCAAAGUCGGUGGCGGCCGGUGUACCGGUGGACACGAGAAAUUGGUUAUCGAAGUGA